AUGACUUCAGUCCCAUUUGAUCUUCCAACACUUCGAAAUCAUUAUGGUCAUUUUGCUAUUAAUAAUAAACAAAUACCUAUUCUUUAUCGACUUAAAUCCGGUGUUUACUAUCCAUAUAUUGCUUUUGACCUUGUUGUUAAUGAACUAAAUACUUAUUGUUCCACAUGGAAUUCAUCAAAGAAAUUACCUUUAUUACCAAUGACCAUCAAUGAAAUACAAUUAUAUAAAACUUUAUAUCCAAAAAAAGAUUUUUCCUUAUCAUCCAAACUUAUCUUAUGUUCAUUAAUCGAUCAAUAUCUUCAAUUACUUCAACUCUUACAAGAUUCUAAAACAUCAACAACUACAGAAAAUAUUCAAGAAAAAUUCUUUGCUCGUUUUACAAUCGAUAUCGAUUAUGGAUCUAUACGAGAAAUUGAUAUAAUUAAUUCCGAAGCAACCACAAAAUAUAAUAAUCUUCGUUCAACAAUUUUUCCUUCAAUGCAAGCUGUUAAGCGGCAACUUUGUUUUGAUGAUGAAAAAUGUGAUCUUUCAUCAAUCGGUGGUUAUCUUCAAUUAGAUCGUUGUAUAUACCCAUAUAUAAUAACAUCAUCGGAUAUUCUUCUUAAUUUAAAUGAUCUUCGUAAACCAUUUAAUUCAACAUUAAAUACUUUAAUGCCAUAUUUUCAUAGUCAACCAUUAAAUUUAAUAAAUAAUUAUAUGAAAAUAAUUGAAUAUGGUACACGUUAUAUAAAAAAAUAUAAAUAUUAUUAUAAAAAUGUUGAUGAAAAAUUUAUCUCACUUUAUCAAUUACUUUUAUCACAUCGUGAAUUUUUUUUUGUACAAUUAUUUAAUUCAAAUAAAAUAUCAUUAACAGAUUUACAUGAAUAUUAUCGAUCGGAUUUUUCAAAUUUAUUAACAAAUAAUUUAUCAGAUUGUGGAUAUUUAAAUAAUCAACCUUGUAUUAAUGGAUGGUCUUUAUAUGAUUCAAUAUUAAAUCAUGAAAGAAAAUCUCGUUUAGCGACAAAAGAUGAAAUUAUUUUAAUAAAUUGGCUUUUUAUUUACGAUAAUAAAUCUAUUUAUGUACAUAAUCAAUUAAAUGAUCUUAUUCUUGUUAAACAACAAUUAUCUUUAAUAAAAGAAAAAAUGAAAUUUAUUCAAAAUGAACAUAUUAAAAAACGUUCAAUAUUAAUGAAUCAUAACAUGAAUUAA